AUGGCCUUACCCUUUCAGAAGGUGCAGCAUCAGAUCGUUAAAUGCGACUGCCAGCCGUCAGUGAACGAUGGCAUAGUUAUUUUCAUCACUGGAAACUUAUUGGUAGAUGACAAUGCGAAUCCGCUCAAGUUUGCUCAAGUAUUUCAGCUUGUCAAAGGUCCAACAGGGAAUUACUACUGUCACAAUGAUAUGUUUCGGCUGAACAUUGGCUGA